ACUCGAAUCGCUCGAGUCCUCGAGUCCCUCGAUUCAACGCAUGAUUCAACGUGCUCUCUACCAGACGCUCUGUUGAUCCAUGUUCUGUGGCUCUACCUAGAAGCGUACGGGGCUACGCAGUGCGGAAAUACACUUCUAUGAAAACUCCGUCGUGGACCACGUUAUCUAAAGCGCCGCGGAAGCUGUUGGAGAGACGCCGCUGCACGCUGCUGGCAUGCCGCCACCCAUGCACCUCCGAGAAUGGCUACUCCCACACUCCAGUCAUGUUGCGCGAAGUCAUCGAAUCACUUGGCAUUCGGCAAGACCAGACAUUUGUGGACCUGACCUUUGGAGCAGGUGGUCACACCAAGCACAUCCUGGCAGCUGCUAAGGGCGUCCGAGUAUUUGCCCUGGACCGAGACCCCGCAGCGUUCAGGAGGGCACAGCAAAUGGCCAAGCAGUACCCUGCGGGACAGCUGGUGCCCUUGCUGGGCCGCUUCAGUGAGCUGGGCCCCCUGCUGGAGCAUCAGGGAGUGUCUCCAGGCAGCCUGGACGGGGCACUGGUCGACUGUGGCUGCUCCUCCAUGCAGAUGGACAACCCCCAGCGGGGAUUUGGGCUGGCACGCCAGGGACCGCUCGACAUGCGCAUGGAUGCAGCCAGGUUUCCCGGUGAACCGACUGCUGCUGAUGUCGUCAAUUUCCUCGACUACGACUCGCUGGUGCAGGUGCUCAAGUUGUAUGGAGAGGAGAAGCGGGCCAAAAAGGUUGCACAGGCCAUAGUGGACUCUCGCUUCUUGAUGAAGAACCUGCGCACAACCACUGAGCUGGCACACAUCAUCGAAGUGGCCCUGGCCGACACCCGUAGCAGCAGCAGUGUGGACUCCCUGGGGCGGCCGAGCCACCCGGCUACCAAGACGUUCAUGGCGCUGCGCAUCCUGGUCAAUAACGAGCUGAACGAGCUGCACUGGGCCCUGUCAUUGCUGCGGUGGUGGCUGCGGCCAGGGGCACGCCUGGCCGUGCUUGCAUUCCACUCGCUGGAGGACCGCAUCGUCAAGAGACAUUUCCAGGGUGUGGUAAGUGAGCCAGUGGACAUAGCCCAGCGCCUCCGCAACGCAGCUGUGUGGCACAGUGCAGAGGAGAUGGGUCUGAGCGGCAGCACCAUUGGCCCACUGGGUCCACUGCAGUUGCCGUCCAGAGUCGAGAUGGAGCACAACCCACGCCGUUCAGCCAAGCUGCGUGUUGCCCAAGACUGACCAUAGGUUGAUGAACUGAUAAAUUCUAUUUAUUACAA